AUGUCUCAAAAUAGUAAGUGCCGGUCACCUUCGUUGCAGCCGCUCCGCCCUUUGCGUCCAACCGCUGCGGCCAACCAGUCCUCGCCCUCACUUUGGGCCGCAGAGCUUGCCUCUUCCCCACCCGCAGAUACGUCUGAGACCAAGAGCAGUCCUGAGUAUGCUUCGUUUUUCGCCGUCUUGGGCGCUUCCACCGCCAUGGUCUUCAGUGCCCUGGGUGCCGCCUAUGGCACAGCCAAGAGUGGCACCGGCAUUGCUGCUAUGUCUGUCAUGCGGCCGCAGCCGAUCAUAAAAUCCAUCAUCCCAGUGGUCAUGGCUGGUAUCAUCGCCAUCUACGGCCUGGUGGUGGCAGUCCUUAUCGCCAACUCCCUGAAUGACGGCAUCAGUCUCUACAGGAGUUUCCUCCAGCUGGGCGCUGGCCUGAGUGUGGGCCUGAGUGGCCUGGCAGUUGGCUUUGCCAUCGGCAUUAUAGGGGAUGCUGGCGUGCGGGGCACCGCCCAGCAGCCCCGACUAUUUGUGGGCAUGAUCCUGAUCCUCAUUUUCGCAGAGGUGCUCGACCUCUAUGGUCUCAUCAUGGCCCUCAUCCUCUCCAUAAAGUAA